CAAGGUGAUUAUUCUGAAAGUCAUGUUGCCAGUAAAGAACCACAUUUUGGAAUUUAUUUAAUUAUUUGUUUAUUUAUUUAUUCAAUUAUUCUUUACUUAUAGAGCACAUCUACAUAUGUUCCUACCAGCCAGGACUUACUUUCUGUCAAGCACACGGAAUGUCAAAAAGAACAUAAAACAACUGUGUCUGCUGAAGUGAAAGCCAAACCACUAAUGCAAUCUAUAGGAAUUCAGUGUGCUAUUUUUCCAUCUCAAAAGACAGCUGCCACACAGUUAUCUUUCACUAAACAGACAGGACAUGUACGGAGCAAAGGCACACAGGAAACAGUUUCCUUUACAAGUGUUAGUACUGAGACAACACCGGUUGGAACAUGGAGGCAUAUGUCAUCUACACCAAUAAAGGCAUCAACAUCUGGAUUCGGUCCAACACCAGUUAAAAGGCCGAAGACAGAAUUGCUGGAUGAGGAAGAGAUUCCAACAAAUUUAUCAGAAAUUCAACAAACUCUAGAUUCCUUAUAUGAGCCUGGUGACUCUGUUGCAGAGCCUUCUGAAACAAGUGGGAUGGACAUCUCUUGUGAUUACACCGAUGCAAAGUACACUGUUUUCGAAAGCUCUCUCAGAGAGCUUUUUAAAACAUGUCCUUUUUGCAAGAAUAACUGCAAUGUACAGCGACGUCGGCUUGGGACAUUUGUGUCAUUCUGUCAGGUCUGCGAACACUGUCAAUAUACCAAAAAAUGGCAGAGCCAGCCUGUGAAAGGAAGCACCCCAGUUGGAAACCUGCAAAUGUCAGCAGCAGUGUAUUUCACUGGUGGAUCAUUUAUUCAAAUGCAUAAGAUUUGCAGAGCUAUGAAUCUACAAAUUCACCACUUCAGAUCAUUCAGAAUGCAUGCUCGGAUGUUUCUUGAACCAGCCAUAUUUCACAAGUGGAAGAUGGAUCAGCAGGCCAUGUUCCAGUCACUACAACCGUUGGGCAAAAUUGCACUGAGUGGCGAUAUGCGUGCUGAUUCUCCAGGACAUUCUGCCAAAUAUGGCAGCUAUACUUUAUUGCAUCUUGACAGCAAUAAAAUUCUGGACAUUCAACUAAUACAGAGCAAUGAAGUUGGAGGAAGUGCACACAUGGAGAAGGAAGGACUCAGAAGAGGUCUGGAUCAUCUAGAGUCCAACCAUUUACAAGUAGAUUACAUUAUGACUGAUCGCCACACCCAGGUGCAGAAAUAUCUGAGUGAGAGAGAGAUCAAACAGUACUAUGAUGUUUGGCACCUCGAGAAGGGCUGUAUCUUGUGGCAAUGCAUUUUAACGAGAAUGCUGAUCGUGAACAGGCAAUGAACUUGGAAGGCAAAGCUGUCUAUCGAAUAAUGUAUCCAAAAUCUAAGAAGGGACAACCAAUUGUGAAGACAGUUAUGCAAACAAAUAAUAGUAAAUAAGAGUUUUUUUUAUGGCAGGAUACGUCAAAGAUCUGAUGAGACUUUGUCCAUGUUUGUAGAGGUGUUUGAAGACCCUGCCUAUUAUGUUGAGAAACUACGAAAAGUACCCAUUCCAGAUUCCUUAUCAGAACAGUUUGACAAGCCGACAAAGGAGGAUCUCAUUGCUAGACAUGUGUCUAGGUUCAAUCUAGUGGUGCCCGGUAGCCAACAUAAUUCCCACCAGCAUCAGGAAACUCUUGCCGAAUCCGGAGGACAACACAUGAUGGAAUGACCACGCGCUCAUGUCUGCCAAGAUAUCCCCAGCACCAGCUGACAAAACUACGAUAGGCAAGAUACCUGAAACCUCUGGCAGAGUGGUGGAAUUGUUACAUAGUCUGUAAUGCAGCAUUUUGUAUUAUGUUCAACAAAUACUUCUUGUACAUUUGUAUGCUAUAUUUUUUAAAUGUCCCUGCAAAUACAUUUUUCCAAUUAUUGAUAUUUAAAUUUAUUUCAUUACAAUGCGCACCUUGCUAGAUAAAUAAACACAAUUUACAAAGUUUAUUGUUUUUAGAUCUGUAUAAUAACAUAAUGAUAAAAUCUGAGAUCUUUUUUCAUAAUUACUCACUCCUCCUCUCUUCUCCUUCUAAGUGGGCCAUAGUCAGCUCUGUAAAUGUUAUUUAUGUUCUGAAGUGUAUAGACUGGUUGGAUAAUACCUAAAAUGUUAUAUAAUGAUCCCAAAAGUUUAUAAACGAAGGUGAAGGAAUAAUGUGUAAAAUAUUUUAAGAAGACAUUGCUAAAGUGCACUUAGUAAGCUAAUUGUAUGCUAUCAUAUUAAGUCUUAUA